AUGCUAGAGACCGAAACACCACAUGAUCUCCCCCCAAUUGUGGAACCGAGCCUACACCCGUCGCAAAUACACGCCCUCCUCCGUUCCUAUCGGAUUGCUAUUAAUGGAUUUAUCUAUCUCCUGUCGGACUCUCGACCGGAAGACGUGAAUAGUCAUCGUCCCGCGACAGUCAACAGCCGGACCCAAUCCGCGUUACGGGAUAUCAAAAUCGCGAUCGGCGCACAAUCGACUCAAAACGACCCAACCACCAUUCAGGUGGAACGGUACUUCUUUGCCCGCGGCCAGCGGGUCGCAUUUGCCGGGAUGAUCGAGACCCCGAGCUUAGAGCUGGUCAAACUGUUCCUAUUGAUGGCAUUCUACAUGAUGGGCGCAUGCCGUCGAAACGCGGCGUUUAUGUACCUCGGCGUUGCAGCUCGCGCCGCGGUGGCAUUAGGCCUCCAUCUCAAGGACUCCAAAGCGGGGACGAUAGAGGAACAGCGAGAGAGAACGUGCGUGUGGAUGAGCCUCUGCACCCUGGACCUCAUGUCGAGCUCGAUCCUCGGACGACCGCCGGCGACCGCCAACAUUCGCUCGGAAUACAACGAAAGACUGGGGGAGAUGGAAGAGCCUCCUGGUGCGAUGGAAGAGAGGCUUCUCGCCUCGUACCGGAUGUCGCAGAUCCUAGACGAGAUCAUUGUCCGUCUGUACGGGGAGACAGCCGCUUCCGCCGACACCGCCGAGUCGCUGCUGGCGAAGCUCAACGAAUGGAGCAAUAGUCUUCCCAAGUCGGUGCUAUCCUCGCCGAGCGCAGAUACAGAGCCACACACGGCGCAGGCCCACAUCGUCGGGAGCCUGCAUAUUGCAUGCUCGUACCAUUUCGCCGUCAUCAUCGUCAGCCGGCCGUUUCUCAUCUCGUCCUUGGGCGUUCGUCUGGCGCGAAUGUGCAAUAGCCCUGGGGAGAACGAAAGCCUCCUUCAAGAAGAUGCAGCGCACGUGAAGCUGGCUAAUGCGUGCACCGACUCAGCCCUGUACAUGAUGCAGACAUGCAUGGAGGUGUAUCACUCGGGGCUGCUCCUGGGGAACAUGUGCAUUCUCAAGGCCUUCGUCUUUGCGGCAGCCCUCGUGCUAGGAUUUUCGCUGUUCUCGCAAAAAGACACCGACACGGCAGUCGAGCAAGCCUUCCACGGCGCGCUGGAGAUCCUGCGCACGCUGGCGCAGCAGUCCGCGCAAGCCUCGCAUUACUACGAGAUCCUCAGCUCGCUGAAAAACGCGAUCGCGGAGCAGCGCCAGCGGCUGAUGCAGUACGCGCCGCAAAACAAGAACCGGUAUGUGAGUAAGCUGUUUAGCCUGAACAGUGAUCGACCGCUGGCCAACCCUACGAGGUUCUCGAUGGAGAAUGAUGACUUACUGCCGGCUACGCCUAAUAUACUUGACGCGUGGGCGUCUAUGGACCCUGCCGAGCAGGACCCUGCGUUUUCCGGGUGGGAGGGCAUGGAGCUGCCGCUGUGGGAUAGUUUUCCAUUUAUUGAUGGGUCUCUUCCGGUGUCGAACCGGAGCAGCGAGUCGAAUCCGGCGUUAUGA